GCAGUCAAUCGCGUCAUUUGCAUUCAGAUAGUGAAGGAAACAAAAGGUGCUUUUCUUGAUCGAACGCAAAUCGCAUUGUUUUCCAUUUCCUAAAAUUGUUGCUGAUUCGAGUUUUCCGUGCGAAAAUAAAUCCGCCAUGAGCUCGUCCGGCCGCGAGGGACAUUCCUCCGGGAUGCAGGUGUCCACCUCGAGUACGGUGCUCAGCAUGACGGAGAAGCAAAAAUACAUCGAAGAUUACGAUUUCCCCUACUGUGACGAGUCCAGCAAGUACGAGAAGGUGGCCAAGAUUGGGCAGGGAACUUUCGGCGAGGUGUUUAAGGCACGCGAGAAGAAGUGUAACAAAAAAUUCGUCGCCAUGAAAAAGGUUCUGAUGGACAAUGAAAAAGAGGGAUUUCCGAUCACGGCACUACGCGAAAUUAGGAUCCUUCAACUAUUGAAGCACGAGAAUGUGGUAAAUCUAAUCGAGAUCUGCCGAACCAAGGCAACAGCCAACAAUCGCUAUCGGUCAACGUUCUAUCUGGUGUUCGAUUUCUGCGAGCACGAUCUGGCCGGGUUACUGUCGAACAUGAACGUGAAGUUCAGUUUGGGCGAGAUCAAGAAGGUUAUGCAGCAGCUGCUGAACGGGUUGUAUUACAUCCACAGCAAUAAGAUCCUCCACCGAGACAUGAAGGCUGCCAACGUCUUGAUCACGAAGAAUGGCGUCCUCAAGCUGGCUGAUUUUGGAUUGGCUCGAGCGUUCAGCAUUACCAAAAAUGGACAAGCCAACCGAUACACUAACAGGGUCGUUACUUUGUGGUAUCGUCCUCCAGAAUUGCUGCUCGGUGAUCGUAACUAUGGACCUCCCGUGGAUAUGUGGGGCGCUGGUUGCAUUAUGGCUGAAAUGUGGACUCGUUCGCCUAUCAUGCAGGGUGCCACAGAACAGCAGCAGUUAAUCUUUAUUUCGCAACUUUGCGGAUCUUUUACGCCGGACGUAUGGCCUGGCGUAGAAAGUCUGGAACUGUACCAAAAAAUGGAACUGCCUAUGGGACACAAGCGCAAAGUGCGUGAACGGCUACGACCGUACGUCAAGGAUCCGAACGGUGUCGACCUACUUGAUAAGCUGCUUAUUCUCGAUCCGAAGGAGCGCAUUGAUGCCGAUUCCGCUCUGAAUCAUGACUUCUUCUGGACUGAUCCGAUGCCGAGCGACCUGAGCAAAAUGUUGUCUCAGCAUACGCAGAGUAUGUUCGAAUACCUGACACCGCCAAGGCGGGCUUGCCAGAUGCGCCAAUAUCAACAGCAAAUGGUCAACCCGAUGCAGCAGCGUCCCCAGGACAACAGCUACCAGGAUCGUGUUUAUUAGAUGACGUCAGCUCGGAUGUCGUUUUCGAAUUAUUCUUUUUAUGUAAUCAAAGGGUUAGAAUUAAUGAACUAGAACGUUAUUCAUUUAUAAUAAUUAUUUCUUUAUUGCUGAAAACAGCGUGGCGUUACAUUGAUAUGCGCGAAACCUUAUCAAUAAAUUAUUCCAAAAGUUAACUUUGUAA